CCCUUUUUCAAAUAAAUUUCUUUUUUUAUCCUAUUUUUCUAAAACAUUCAGCCACUUUCUCAAAUCUUAUUGCUUUGGUCAAUAUGUUUGUGCUCAGUUGUUUAUAAUGCCCUAAAGGAUAGCCUCGGAUUCUUUUCUGGUUCACGCCCAAGACGGUAUUCUGUGCCGGCUGCUUGAUUUUGUGGCUCCUCAUUUGUUCUUUUGAGUGACUGCUGUACUGAUUUUCCCCCAUCUAAUUUUGAAGUUCUAAGGCAUAUGUAAAUAUGCUUGAGCAGCAGAAAUUUCUCUAUGGUUCUAGUCUCCUGCUGUUCAUCUCUCUUGGAUCUUUUCUGUUUGGGGUUGUAAUUUCAGAAAUACCAUUGGGAUCCAAACUUUCUGUGGGGGGAAAUGAUUCAUGGGUUUCUUCUAAUGGUGAUUUUGCAAUCGGAUUCUUUAGCCGCCCUGAUAUGCCGAACCGGUUUAGUGUUGCCAUUCGUUUCGAUUCGAAGUCGAUCCCUGUUGAUGAACACUCAAUGGUUUGGGUCGCCGGGGGUGAUGUUACUGUUAGUAACAGCUCCUAUUUGGAGCUUCAGAUGAAUGGAGAAUUGGUUCUUUUCGACGCCUUGCAGGGUCAAGAAGUGUGGUCCGCCAAAACAAGCCAGUUAUCCGUUGUGGUAGCUUUCCUUCGUGACGAUGGGAAUCUUAUCUUACUGAAUGAGAAGAAAGUUGUGGUUUGGCAAAGCUUCGAUUAUCCAACCAAUACUCUUCUUCCUGGUCAGAGACUUUCUCCCUUUAGAACGUUGAGAGCUGCGAGCCAAAACGGUGUUUCGAGUUUAUAUAGCCUCUACAUGAAUGUUUCUGGUCAGCUACAGUUAAGGUGGGAAAGCAGCAUCAUCUAUUGGAGCAUUGGAAGGCCUUCUCAAUCGAAUGUCAAUGCUAUUCUGACUUCUUAUGGGAGCCUGCAACUUGUGGCUCCAACCUCUGGACCUCUAUGGUCUGUGUAUGGAGAAGAUCAUAAUGACACCGUGAAAUUUAGGUUUCUCCGGCUGGAUGUGGAUGGUAAUUUGCGGUUAUAUUCAUGGAUGGACGUUUCACAAACAUGGAGGUCGGUUUGGCAAGCUGUUGAGAAUCAGUGUAAUGUCUUUGCAACUUGUGACCAGGGAGGCAUCUGCGCAUUUAAUGAAUCCGGUUCCCCUGUUUGCACAUGCCUGUUUUCCCAUAUGGUCCACUCGAAUACAAAAUGCUUGUUUUCAUCUCAGCAUGGCUGCAAAUCAGGGUCGAUUCUGGUUGAACAUGCCGAUAUGUUUCUUUACGGAAUUUACCCCGUCAAUGAUUCCAUCUCCGUAACUAGUUUAGACAAAUGCAAAAGGAUGUGCCUCAGUGACUCGAGUUGUACUGCUGUAACCUUCACAAAUGAUGGCAGUGCAAAAUGCAGGAUGAUGAAAACUCAGUACAUUAGCGGUUAUUUAGAUCCAUCUCUUAGUUCGACCUCUUUUGUCAAGACGUGUUCGGACCCCAUGGCUGCUGACCCCGUCUUCCCCUUGAAGUCUCCGCCACGAGCACGUAAUGAGUCUUAUAAUAUUUGCAUUCCUUGUCUAGUUGGAGCAGCCUCGGGCACAAUUUUUAUGUUUGUUGUGAUUCAGUUGGCAUUAGGAUUUUACCUUUACAAAAGAAGAAACACUUAUAAGAGGCUUGCUUCUUUAGCUUAUUCCAGCCCUGGUUCCAAAUGUCUGAUCAUGUUAUCCUUCACCGAGAUCAAGGACCUUACGGAGAAUUUCAACCACCGAAUCGGGCCAAAGAUGUUCAAAGGUGCCUUACCCGACAACCAGCCAGUUGCAAUCAAAGAGCUCGAAGCAACCAUUGAAGCUAGAAAAUUUCGAGUUGCAUUGUCAAAGGUUGGAAGCAUUUAUCACAAAGGACUUGUCAAGCUGGAAGGCUAUUGCUGUGAGUCGGAUCGGAGGUAUUUAGUCUACGAAUAUGCCGAGAAUGGCUCUGUGGAGAAAUUCAUAGAAGAUUCGACACUGGCCGAGAGACUGACCUGGAGAAAGAGAAAGGAAAUUUGCCUAAGCGUGGGUCGAGCCAUAUUUUAUUUGCACACGGGGUGUCGAGAAUUUGUAUGCCAUGGAAACCUGAAAUGCGAAAACGUAGUUCUCGAUGAAAACCUGGAGGCGAAAGUGAGUGAAUUUGGAUUGGGGAUGCUUUAUGGUGAGGCAGCCUCCAACAUGGCUUCAGCUCAGAAAGAUGUGGAGGAUUUUGGUAAGAUGGUUUUGACACUGGUUAGUGGCCUUAAAGAAGCCAAUGAUGUGUUUGAUUGGGCUUAUAAGGAAUGGUUCGAGGGUCGUCCGGGGAACGUAGUAGAUAAGAGACUCGAGGACGAAGUCGAUCCCGAUGAACUCGAACGUGUGUUGAGGAUUUCGUUUUGGUGCCUUCAAGUGGAUGAACGUUUGAAACCUUCAAUGGGGGAGGUAGUGAAGGUGUUGGAAGGCUCACUGCCUGUUGAUCCUCCUCCACCGCCAUUUAGUUGUCGGAGAUCACGGAGGGAGGAGGAAGACUCGUCGGAGUUAGGUUCAGUCAAAGACAUAGGAAUGUAAUGUAAAAAGUGAUGAUUUCCUUUGAUUUUUGUUUCCCAAUCUUGUACGGUAGGACUAACCUUGGCAGUAAUGAGACUUUGAGGGCAU